UUUCGUUUUCAUGGUUAUAGAAAGUAGCCAAAUGAGAAAUGAUAAAAUGACCCCCAUUGUUAAAUAAUAAAAUGGUCCAAUAAUAGAAUGGGAAUUUUUUUUCCUUACGCAAUCUACUGAAGGAUGCGUCCAAGACUAUUAGAGGUUAAUGCACCCUUUUAAAGAUAAUUCACUUGUCGAAAGCAAGCAAUGUAUGGAAAUAACGAUACAGUUCUUCAUGUGAACCUUUCGAUGUUCAUAACUGGUAUGUCAAUAGCAUGGACCUCUCCAGUUUUGGUAAAACUGAGUCAAAAUGAAUGGAAUCCUCUAGGAAAACCCCUCACAACCCAAGAGACUGAACUGAUAGGGUCUUUAUUUUUCAUUGCAGCAGCUGUUGGUCCAUUUCUCUUCAUAAAAAGUUCAGCGAUGCUUGGACGAAAAAUGACGGUAGUGAUAUGCUUGGUUCCGAUGCUCAUGGGUUACGCCAUCCUGAUCUUUGCAACAAGAAUAGAGCUAUAUUACUUAGGAAGAAUAUUGAAUGGAAUAACCAUAGGACCAAUUUGUGGUUUAUCACAAUUAUAUUUGUCGGAAAUAAUUUUUUCAGUGAAAACGAGAGGUCCUUACUUAGCUAUAAAUUCCCCUGCUUUACAGUCAGGACUGUUGGUAUCCUAUAUUGUUGGCACUUAUGUAUCUGUGAUCGUUUUUAAUUUAAUCUCAUUCCUAAUCACGUUAUUUGUGAUUAUUUUGAUUGCUUAUGGGUGUCCAGAGAGUCCACAUUUCAUUCUAGAUUCCAAGGGAAAAGCUGCUUCUUUGUACAUUUUGAAGAAGCUGAAUAUAAAAGAAGCAGAGAAGGAGUUGAUACUGAUUGAGGAAGACCUGAACAAGGAAACACAAUGUUCAUUAGUCUCCCUGUUUAAAUCCGAAGAAAACAUGAAACCAUUUCUCAUGGCUACUACUUUAUUGCUCCUCCAACAAUUUUCAGGUAUUGCGAUCCUGAUGUCAUACAGUCAACAAAUUUUUCUGAAAGCCAGUGAAAUAUUACCAUCUGAGCAAUGCCCUAUGGUCGUAGGAGUCAUGCAAGUUUUAUCAGCUAGUGCAACCACUUUUACAUCAAAGAGAUUUACUAGGAAAUCUCUGCUUAUGUUUUCCUUAUUCGGUUCAGGAUUUUCCGAUCUGAUACUUGGGCUCUACUUUUUUUUCGAAGGUAGCUUAUGCGGGUUUAACUGGAUUCCUCUGGUAGCUUUGGUAUUGUUCGUUAUAGUUUAUAACUCAGGCUUGGAUCCACUACCCUGGGUAUAUUUAGGCGAGAUAUUUCCUCCCCAUUUUAAAACUGUUGGGAGUGCAGCCUCAGUUUUUCUAUACUGGUUCAGUUUUUCCCUUUCGUCAAUAGCUUUCAACAACGUUGAUAUAAGUUACUUAUUCCUAGCAUAUUCAGGGAGUUGUUUCAUAGGUUUAGUUUACGUUAAACUUAAACUGACUGAAACUAAAGAUAAAACUUUGAGGGAAAUUCAAAGAGAAUUACUGACAUGAUUUUUUCUCGACUAUUUCCAUUGUUUUUUGGUAUCAGCUGCUACUGAGGUGAGCAAAACGAUAUAAGUGGUUUUUUUAAACCAUGCAGAUAUAUCCUGAUGACGCAUAAUGUGGAUAAUUUCAA